AUAGCGAUGUGUCUGCCCUGUCCAGGUCAAAAUCCCUUUACAGGAUAUAUGAUAAUUGCUCGUUUUUCUUAUGCACGUUCUUUGUCUUCUUGUCGGUGUCAAAGCAUGCGUCUCUGCACACUUCUUUCUGCACAUUUCAGCUUGUCAUCUCCAUUCUGUUGGUGUCGCAGACGUGGAGAGGAAAUGCUUCAAAUGUUCUCUUUAAAUAUGAUCAGACUCGGACUUUUUUUUUUAACUGGCAAGGCCCCCGUAGAGCUAGGGAACUGUGUGACUAUAUAUUCUUGGUUCUUUCGGUAAAGUCAACGUGACUUUACCGAAAGAACCAAGAAUAUGAAUCACUGCAGUCACGAAAGCUUUAAAUCAAAAUUGAACUCUGUGACUAUGACAACCACCUCGCAGUGGUGACACUUCCAUGACGACGACACCGCAGGGUGAGAUUGUGCAAACUAACAAUAGCAAAAACGACAAAAUAAUUACAUGAAACCCACGCCAAUAACUCACUGCGAACAGGAUAAACAAGAGUGCUGAAACACAAAUUCAAAAACGGUGUCUAAAAAACAUUAGGUCACGAACAUGCGUAAAUUAAACGUUUAUACAGCCUCAGCCAUAAUGGACCUUAGUCAUAGCAUUCAUGGCAAUUGUGGCAGAGGUAAAGUCAUGUGCAAAUCACCGUUCACUUUAUUAAGCACAUUUCUAGUGUUAGCCAAUUGGUGACCAUUUGUGGCCAGGUUGCUUUUGAAAAAGAGCUAUAUAGCUCAGCGGGCCUUACCUUGUAAAAUAAAAUAAAAUUAGUUUAGUUUAUUUGUAGAGGGCUCCCCUUUCGAUGUAUGAAAUCCGAGUGAGAUGACAGAAGAGAUUGAAACAAAAAGAACAUGCAGGUUUUAGUGAGAUCAUCGAAAUGUUGACACGAAUAGAGGUGCCACGAGAUGAGUACAAAGAUGCAGACAAGACGAAGACGCGGUAACACUUCGCGUUCUAAACGUUAAUUUGCUGCUUAUGUUUCUAAACAUUUGACAUUCAGCUAAUCGUUUGUCCACUCCUAUUUUUUCAUGAAACCGAGGCCCCUUUGAGUUUCUUCUCUCUUGCUUGCUUUUCUCACCGCCUUUAAACGCCGCCUCUGACUAAACUGGGAACGCCCAUUGCAAAAGCACGAGGCGAAAUUGUUACACGCACAGCCACCGAGACUAACAUGCCCCGCAAGUUGCCACAAUUAUCAUCAUCAGGUCGCUGCAGCAGAAAGCUCCAAUAGAGAAAGGUGUGUGCGCGUUUAUAUAAAUAGACAUCUCUCUCUCUCUCUCGGACACAUGAGCCGGCAUUAACAAUUCGGUUAGAAUACACCGACGGGCUGGGGUUCGGUUUCCCAAGUCGCUUUGUAUCGCCGAAAACAAAAACCCGUGUUCACCUGCGCGUCAAAAUCGGCGAGGAUUCCAGGUGGCUUUUGGCGCUGCCGUUUGCGCCGGCAGCAAAUCGCUCUCCGAGUCAUUUGCCUCCGGCCGAUGAGCCCGGCCGUAAUGCGCAUCGGAUGAGUUUGGUGAAGUCGGUUCAGCAUACUUUCUUGGCAGCCUCGCAAGCCCCGUCGCGGUACAUGAACGCGCGUGCAAGGGUGUGGAAGAAUAAGUUGGCCGCUGCGAUGUACGGCGCGACGAAGAAGCGACUCGCCAGCAUGAUUAUCGUGGCGUUUGGAGCAAAUUGCUUCUUCGUGCUGGUGCUCUACACGAAGGCGCACGAGCAGGUGAUGACGUUCAUUCGGGCUCAGACUCAUCAGCUGCAGCUGCUGGAACAUGCGUCUCAAGGUCUCACGGAGCAACACGCCGUUCCCGGAUUUCGACAGUUCCCGAUCCCUCUCCAAGCGCCAAGACAGGUUACCUGCUCGGACCGACCCGCACACCUGUUGGGGGCGAUGAAUGUUUCAUUUGUGAAGACGCCGCAGAGUCUGGAAGCGAUAGAGAAAUCAAACCCGAAUGUGGAGCUGGGCGGCCAGUUCCACCCUUCGGACUGUAUCCCCAGCCAGAAGGUGGCCAUCAUCGUCCCCUUCCGGCACCGAGAUGAACACCUCAAGCACUGGCUGUACUACCUGCACCCGAUACUCCAGCGUCAGCGCGUAGAGUACGGUGUCUACAUCGUCAACCAGUUUGGAGAGGGGGUGUUCAACCGAGCCAAGCUCAUGAACAUUGGCUACGUGGAGGCCCUCAAGGACGCCCCCUACGACUGUUUCAUCUUCAGCGACGUCGACCUGGUGCCCAUGGACGACCGCAACCUCUACCGCUGCUACGACAACCCCCGGCACUUCUCCGUCGCUGUCGAUAAGUUCAACUUCAGUCUCCCGUACAAAGAGUGCUUUGGCGGAGUGUCUGGCCUCACUAAAAAACAAUUUGAGAAGAUAAAUGGCUUUCCCAACAAUUACUGGGGCUGGGGAGGAGAGGAUGACGACAUCUAUAAUAGGAUCAGAAAAGUGGGAAUGAACAUCUCACGUCCUGACAUGACGAUUGGGAGGUACAGAAUGAUUCGACACAAUCGAGACGCUCACAAUGAAAACAACCCAUUCCGGAGUUGGCAAAUCACCAAGACGGCCUUUACCAUGUGGAGGGACGGCAUCAACACCCUGGAGUACAAGCUCAUUAAGGCGGAGCGAUGGCCCCUGUACACCAAGGUGAUCGUGGAGGUGGGCAAGCGGUCGCCGGGUAAUCAAGUGUGGGCGCACCGCAACAAGCGACAAGGCCACUGAGCGUCCAAGCCAUUCUGUAUCAGAGGGCACAGCUUCCUCCUGGGGGCAGACAGAGGCUGGCAGUGUGGGGCGGUCCUUCAAUCGACGACCGACUGUUCUGUCAUUCACGCUGAUGCGUUUUUUUUUUAACUGGUGCUUUU